UCCUCCUCUCUAGGAUGCGUCAGGAUGAAACGCCACAGGCAUUUAAGCAGCAGUGACAGUUCAGACAAUGAAAGUCCCUCCACUUCUUUUUCUUCUUGUUCCAAGUACAGGAGUAAAUCAAAAACUCCAGCAAAUGAGCAAAAGAAACCCGCUGAGGUGUUUAGAAAAGACCUCAUUAGUGCCAUGAAACUUCCAGAUUCUCAUCAUAUUAAUCCAGAUGAAUAUUACCUCUUUGCUGACACAUGGAAACAAGAAUGGGAAAAGGGUGUGCAGGUCCCAGCCAGUCCAGAUACCAUUCCUCAACCUUCUUUAAGAGUUGUAGCAGAAAAAGUAAAAGAAGUACUGUACACACGGCCCAGGAAGUACAUUCGUUGUUCAAGCCAAGAGCCCUCCGAGCCAGGUUACAUCAACAUUCUGGAACUGGCAGAAUCAAUGUGCCGUUAUGACUUGGAUGACAUGGAUAUUUUCUGGCUUCAGGAAGUAAAUGAAGAGCUUGCCGAAAUGGGGUGUGGGCAGCUUGAUGAGAACACAAUGGAAAAAAUGGUGGAAGUCCUGGAACGUCAUUGCCAUGAGAACAUGAACCAUGCUAUUGAGACAGAGGAAGGGCUGGGUAUAGAAUAUGAUGAAGAUGUAAUCUGCGAUGUGUGCCGAUCUCCUGAUAGUGAAGAAGGGAAUGACAUGGUGUUUUGUGACAAAUGCAACAUAUGUGUGCAUCAGGCAUGUUACGGAAUUCUAAAAGUUCCUGAAGGGAGCUGGCUGUGCCGGACUUGUGUCCUUGGAAUACACCCGCAGUGUCUUCUGUGUCCGAAAAGAGGUGGGGCCAUGAAAGCUACCAGGACGGGCACCAAGUGGGCACAUGUCAGCUGUGCUCUCUGGAUUCCGGAGGUGAGCAUUGCUUGCCCAGAGAGGAUGGAACCAAUUACAAAAGUGUCUCACAUUCCACCAAGCAGAUGGGCUUUAGUCUGCAGCUUAUGCAAACUGAAAACUGGUGCUUGUAUUCAGUGCUCUGUGAAGAGCUGCAUCACUGCCUUUCAUGUCACAUGUGCCUUUGAGCAUAGUCUAGAGAUGAAAACCAUCCUGGACGAUGGCGAUGAGGUCAAGUUCAAGUCAUACUGCCUAAAGCAUAGCAAAACCAAGCAAAGCUUGUUGCCUGAGUCAGAUGACCACCCCAAGAGCACAGUGGACCAGAAGCAAACUGAAAGCGAGAAAACCAGUUUGCGGGCUCAGAAACUUCGAGAGCUGGAGGAGGAGUUCUACUCACUAGUGAGAAUAGAAGACGUUGCAGCGGAGCUAGGCCUUCCAAAAUUCACUGUGGACCUGAUCUAUAAUUAUUGGAAAUUAAAACGGAAAAGCAACUUUAACAAACCAUUAUUUCCUCCCAAGGAGGAUGAAGAAAACGGCUUGGUUCAGCCAAAAGAAGAUAGUAUUCAUACUCGAAUGAGGAUGUUCAUGCACUUGAGGCAGGAUCUAGAAAGGGUACGGAAUCUUUGCUACAUGGUAAGCAGAAGAGAGAAGUUAAAACUAUCUCACAGCAAAGCACAUGAGGAGGUUUUCAAUCUGCAAGUUCAGCUUAUUAAUCAAGAAAUUUCCGCAGGCCAUUCUCUGACAAAUGCAGUGGAGAACACGCUAUUUUAUCCACCUCCUAGAAUCACCUUAAAGCUAAAGAUGCCAAAAUCAGCUUUAGGAGACUGCAAAAAUAAUUUGAAGCCUGGUAACAAGCCCCUUUCUCCUGACAACAGUACUGCAGUUUACUGCAAAAAGGGUAUUCAAUUUCCCAAGGAACCUUUUGUUUCAAAUAUGAAACCCUACUCAAGGUUUCAACAUGAAAAUAGAAGUAAUGGUUUACUUGGAGGGAUUGUCAAGUCUAGGAAUGAAGCAAAAGAGUCUGGCUUGGCACAUUCCUCAGACUUCCAUCGCGGACAGUCGUCUGGCAAACCUUUAGCACUUCAAGCUGCACUGCAUGGACAGUCUUCCAUUGGGAAUGGGAAGAUGCAGCAGAACUCUAAACUUGCAAAAUCUAAUGGCUUAAUGAGCAGGAUUGGUGAUGUAUCUCAGCGGGACAGCUCCAGCCAGACAACGUAUGAGCAGCAGUCCGUACUCUCUGCACAUUUGGCUAGCCAGAGCAGCUUCAGAAAAUCUACGAUAGAACACUUCAGCAGGUCCUUCAAAGAGGCAACCAACAGUUUAGUGAGAACCACAGAAGAUCUCAGAUGCUGCGAAAAGCCUACAAGAAGGCUUUCGAUGAGAGAGCGUUCGUGGGGCAAGCAGACACUUGAAUAUCCAAUGGGCAGUGCUCCUUACCAGGACAAUGAUGGAUACUGUCCGGAUUUAGAGCUCAGUGACUCUGAAGCGGAAAGUGAUGAGAAUAAAGGACAGGUCAAGUUGAGGAGAAGCAGCUCAGAGAGAGAGAGCCCAAGUAAAGACUUCAGUAGAGACUGUCACAGUAGAAACAAAAGAAAUUUGAUUUCUCACAGUUCAGUACAAAGAUGAUUAGAAACCCCUGAUCACCAGAAUGGCUCAAUCCUUGUGUAUCUAAAAGUAUUGGCAUAAACCAUGGGAUCUACAGGUUAAAUAAUACAGUGGUAGGCCGUGAG